UCGAGCGGCAUUAUGGGAGACGACCUCGGUGAUGAUUGGGGGGUGGAAGGGCUUGACUCCGGCGAUGAAGGCACCUCCACGGCGGCGGCCGCUGCGGCAGUCGCGCCCAAGACAGCAACCAAGAAGAAAAACAAGGCCAACAACAAGAAGAAGAAUGACGACAGCAGCACCACCACAACCACUCUCGCCGGGCGUAAGCGCGGCAGGUCCCAGCUCAGCCCAGAGGGCUUCGAGGAGACGGACAGCAGCGACGGCGACGGGGAGGAGGAUCAGGACGAGGAGGAGCAGGACGAGGAGUCUAGGCUGAAGGCGGCAGAGGAGGAAGAGGCGAGGCUCAGGCGCGCAGAGAAGAAGAAGCAGAAGCUAAAGGCGUUCAAGGCGAAGUUGAAGGAGAAAAAGAAACAAAGAUCCCAGGAGGAAUCGCCGGCGUCGGCGGCGGCGACCAAAACCGGAGAUGGGGGGGAACGGGGGGCAAAAACGGCGGCAGCGGUGACCAACACCGUCGAGGAGGAGGCCGAAGAGCUGUGGGCCAGGUUUUGCAAGGUCCGGGGGGAUCUGGUGACCCCGCUAGAGCUCGACUUUCCGUGGAUCACCGCUGGGUCGCUUGCUCGGGUCGAAGGGUUCGGGGCGCACACCGCUAUGAAGCUCGUCGGGUUCAUCAAGGCGUCCCUCCCAGACUGGAAGAAGAGAAUACAGAACAGAAACAGCAACGCCCCCAGAGGAAGCCCGUCGGUGCUCAUCGUCUGCACGGGCGCGCGGCGCUGCGUCGAGGUGAUGAAACACCUGACGGCCUUUCGGUGCCAGGUGGUGAAGCUGUUCGCGAAGCACCUCAAGAUCGAGGAGCAGAAGGUCAUGCUCAGGAAGGGAUGUUUCCCCCUCGGGGUUGGGACUCCGGGACGCAUGCGCGCGCUCGCCGCCGCCGGGUCUCUCCGCCUGGACUCGUCGGCGCUGGUCAUCCUCGACCUCGAGAAGAACGUGAAGGGCAGGAGCGUGCUCGACAUGGACGGGGUUUCCGGGGACACGAUGGCGUUCCUCUCGGACUGCGUCCGCCCCCACCUGGUAUCGGCACCCAGCGGCGGCGGCGGCGGCGGCGGUGGCGGCUCGGGAAAGAAAAAGAAGGGUGGCGGUGGCGGUGGUGGUGGUCCUCAGGAGAAAGGGGCUGCGACGGGGCAGCUGCUGAGGAUAGCGCUGUACUGA